AUGCAACUUUCCGUCAAAAGAAGAGAUCAGGUUAACUUUCAUUCGUGCGGUUUGGAAAUUUGCACAUCAGCCAGCUGGCUUCUGAAGAAACUUGGAUGGUACUUGUCAGUGUCUAAUUUCUGGUCCAAGAUGUCAAAUCCUGCAGAACGUUUAAAUUAUAUUCAAGAUAGUAGCAGUGAUACAGAAACAGACAAAGAAUCAGGUGGCAGAGGACGACAUCGUAUUUAUAAGAAUAGAAUGAGUUGUGGUGGCUCUUCCAAACCAAAAUCUUGUUUGGUACAAAGGGAUGGAAGCAAUGAAAGGCACUGUCAUUCCUUCAGUUCUGGCAGGCAAAACACUAGUGUUAAUCAACAAAACAGAGUGUGCUCUGGAGUUGGUGUUGGAAAAACUCAACAAUGUCAAAGUAGAGACAAUUUACCGUCAUCCGGGUCUAUUACUGGUAUCAGUAAUCCACAGGCUAGCGAUGAACGUAUUACUCUUAUCGUCGAUAAUACUAGAUUUAUCGUUGAUCCUGCACUGUUCACUGCACAUCCAAAUACAAUGUUAGGUAGAAUGUUUAGUUCCGGUGUUGAAUACGCCCAACCAAAUGAACGCGGUGAAUAUGAAGUUGCAGACGGUAUAUCUGCCAUGGUGUUUAGAGCUAUUCUUGAUUAUUACAAAGGUGGAGUAAUUCGAUGUCCGCCAACAGUUGCAGUUCAAGAAUUACGAGAAGCUUGCGAUUAUCUUCUUGUUCCGUUCGACGCUAGUACAGUAAAAUGUCAAAAUUUAAGGGGAUUGUUACACGAGUUAUCUAACGAAGGAGCACGCUGCCAAUUUGAAGUAUUCCUCGAAGAUUUGAUAUUGCCCCUGAUGGUGAACAGCGCACGUAGAGGCGAUCGCGAAUGUCACAUUGUAGUUUUAUUGGAGGAUGACAUCGUCGACUGGGACGAGGAAUAUCCUCCACAAAUGGGAGAAGAAUAUUCACAGACUGUUAACAGUACUGCGAUGUAUCGGUUUUUUAAAUACAUCGAAAAUAGAGACGUAGCUAAACAAGUAAUGAAGGAACGCGGACUGAAAAAAAUUCGCUUAGGAAUCGAAGGUUAUCCUACGUACAAAGAAAAAAUCAAGAAGAGAGCAGGAGGUCGUGCCGAAGUAAUUUACAAUUACGUGCAAAGACCAUUUAUUCACAUGUCCUGGGAGAAGGAAGAAGCGAAAAGUCGGCACGUGGAUUUUCAAUGCGUAAAGUCGAAAUCCGUGACGAAUCUCGCGGAAGCAACGGCUGACCCUGUACUAGACGCCGGUGGAAAUCCAAUAGCAAUUGCUCUUUUGCAAGCAGCAGAACCAGUGCCUCAACCAGAAGUUGUGCUACCAGUCGGUUCGGAUGCCGACGUCGAAGGUGCCAUAGGUUUACCUACCGAUCACGAUCUUGGAUCGAUACCGCCUGAUGAGUUAUCAUGAACCAACUUUACGAUAAAGAAGUCUGCCAUCGAAAAAUCGUACUCCGUGGCGCUCCUUAAAAUAUCUUCUGCGUACUUGAACAAAAAGAUACCAAACAUUCCGGACCUUAAAAUCGAAGGCGGAGAAGAAAAAUGGAAUAUGUGGAACGUUUGGCGAACCGUGCUGGAGGAGAACGAAAAGCUUGCCAGAGCACGAUUAGCAGCUGUCGAAGUUUUCCAGCAACAAAUUGCCGACGAUGCGAAAGGUUUAAAGAUGCACAAAAUUCAAAUUUCUAAGAAGGCAAUCGACCAAUUACUAAUAGUACAAAAGGAAUUGCAACUGUGUGUGCAAGAUGUAGACAAGACAAAGAAAUUGUACUUUGACGAAGAGCACAGUGCUCACGAUGUGCGCGACAAGGCGAAAGACAUCGAAGAAAAGCUAAAGAAGAAAAAGGGAUCCUUCUUUCAAUCGAUAGCAUCGUUGCAAAAGAACAGUGCAAAGGUAAGCUCGAAGCGCGACGCUUUAGAAGAAAAAUCAACCGGAGCUCGAAAUGAUUAUCUACUUAGUCUCGCCGCUGCCAAUGCACAUCAGAAUAGAUAUUUUGUAGUGGAUUUACAAAACACCAUGCAAUAUUUGGAACACGGUGUUUACGACAAAGUUGCUGAAUAUUUAACGUUAAUGGGUCGUACAGAACUGUUGACCUGUCUAGCUACGCAAAAUAGUUUCGGCAAAAUUCGCGACCAAGCGCAACAACUCACUAGAGAGUACAAUAUACAAUGUUGCUGUUUAUAUUAUCCUGUGUUGAAGCAACAUAUACAGUAUGAUUUCGAGCCUUGUGACAAUGAUCCCGUAGACAGGAUAACGGCUGAUCAUUCUGCUGCCGCUACACUUGGAAAGGAAGCUCGUCGCUGGUCGACGAGAAUAGCACGCGAAGUAAGCAGUAUCAGAGAAAGUAGUAGAAAAUUGCAAGUUCUUCACCAACUGAAAGAGUCUGGACAAAAGACUGAUCCAAACGAUCCACAAGGUCCAGAUAUAGAUACGAAAAUGGAUGAACUGAAACAUGUGAUACGACGUGCAGAGACAGCAAAACUGAAGGCAGAAGCGAGAUUAGAAUGCCUUCGAAACGGCGGAGUGAGCGUCGACGAGUGGCUGCAGGAGGCUGAAACUUUGAGCGUCCACGAUAUGCCACGUUCGGCUAGCUCCCUUUCCGUCAGGACGGACGCGUCGGGAACAGCGGAACAUCCGUCCUCAGAUUCGUUCUACGACAGUGACGGAGAUGGCGGAAGCGACUUGACGACUGUCGAAAGACCAGGCAGCGCACGGAACGCUCCUCAACAAGAGGAAGAAACAACGGAGGAAAGACAAAGACACGAUAGCGAAGAAGUUGAUGCUUUACUCGAGGAAGAGAAGCAACGAAUAGAAGAGCUUACAGUUGGAUGGGACGAUCCGUUAGCUGUGAAUUGGGAUACCGAGGAGAAGGACGAGCAAGCUGAAACUCAAGAAACAUCAAAAAUGCCUUCCACGCAACAAAUAUACAAGUGUACCGCGCUUUAUUCGUACACGGCGCAAAAUCCUGACGAACUGUCAAUUACCGAAAGCGAGCAACUUGAAGUUGUCGGUGAGGGUGACGGUGAUGGUUGGCUCCGAGCACGGAAUUAUCGUGGUGAAGAGGGCUUUGUUCCUCAGAAUUACCUUGACGUUGAGAAAGACACGACAUCCGGUGGUCUCACUUCUCAAGGGCCAACACUUGUACAACAAAUAUCUUUCUCUUCGGUAGAUUACACUAUCGACGAUCAUAAUGCAGUCGAUCCAGAUGCUAAUCUACAGAUCGCAGCAUCGGAAGCUAUUGUACAAAAUCAUAUAGGAGAAAUGGAACAAUACUGUAUCGCUCUUUACGACUACGACGCUACAUGCGACGAAGAACUUAGUUUCCUGGAAGGUGAUAUCGUGAAGGUGUUAAGGAAGGAACCGCACGAUGUUGACGAUGGAUGGUGGGAAGGAGAACUGCGCGGACAGCGAGGAUUGUUUCCUUCUUUGAUGGUAGAACCUUGUGCAGCAGACGGUUCACCUUUGACUCCACAGGAGAAUAUAACGCCGCCGAGCUCUGCACCUCCUGUCUUUACACCACCUGAAGUUCCAGAAUUCUUGUUGGAAGAAGAAUUGGCACAAAGUAUGAUGAAAGGUAACAAGGGUUUCAUAAUAAAUCUGUCCAAGGACCAAAAAUGUCAAUAUGGCUCGCAGUUCGGAGGCGCUAAAUCCGAAGAACCUGGUAUAGUAGUCGUAGAAGUAUCGGAUGAAUCGGAAGUAAAGGUAAAUAGAGCAGAUGACGAGAAGACAAAACAGCCGGCUUCUUUGAAUACUGAACAGUCCAAAGAAGAUUUCGGACUUGGCGUUGCACAAAUUGUGAUUACCGCGGCGACGCCAAUGGAAGAAGUUGAACAUCCAUUUCCCGGAUUAGAAGAAACCGCCACGGAUGAGACAGUGAAGUCUACGGAAAGUAUCGAAGGUGAUUUACCUUCGAGUACUACUACUGACAUGAACGAGAGUGAUUGCAAAGAGAUCACGGUUAUAAUGAAUGAAAGGGAAGAGCAAGAAGCUACAGAAGUAACCGAAGAUAUCGAAGAGAAAUCAACGGUUGACGAUCUACCAACAGACUCGCCACCAUUUCCAGUUAGUAGCAGUUCCGGUAGUGAAGCAGACUCGACAUCUGGACCAAGCACAACGGAGAAUUCUGAAUCAGUACCAUCACGCGGUACUAUAAUUGAGGUGCAACAAGAAACAGAUGAUAUUGAGAUUGUACCGGAAAAAAUGCUCGUAGGAGGAAGGGCAAGUAUUCCAGAUGAGUUACAACCUGACCAGCUAGAAAAGUUACAAAAUCUGAAAGAAUCGAAUGCCUAGGAUUGACUAGACCUCGGAGAUCCCGAUUAU